GCCUGCAUGCCAUGGGCCAGAGUGGGCCAGUACGCUCCGUAUCCACUUUGCUUACAUAGCAGCCCCCCGGUGAUCGAGCCGGAUACUGUUGACAUGUCCUCACGCGUCACGGCUGGUUAAGUACCUUGCCCCACAUUGACCUCGAUGCUGGACAACUAUCUGCUGAUACCACCAUCCAGGUCAGCAAGCUGUGAACAGACAUGACGAGCAAAUGGGUUGUUGUUCUCUUCGGAGCCACAGGAUAUGUCGGAGGUUCUGUCCUGAACCGCCUCCUACAGGAUCCAGCGACGAAAACAUGGGAGAUUAUUACCCCUGUGCGGUCUCCCGAGAAGGCGAAGCUCUUGGAGAAGCUCGGUGUGAAGACUGAAAUCGCAAGUCUCAGUGACCAUGACAAGCUGGAAUUGCUCGCUUCGCGCGCGCGCGUCGUCAUCAACGCUGCCGGCUCUGACGACCUACCUGCUAUCAAUGCUAUCUUGAAAGGAAUGCGCAAGGCCCACGAACGCACCGGGGAACUCCCCAUCCUCAUCCAUACCUCUGGGACGGGUGAGAUAUCGGAGAUGGCAUACGGGAAGUAUACUGCGGAGACAGUCUGGUCGGACUUGGACGUCGGGCAGCUGAAGUCGGUCGAGCCGACUGCGUUUCAUCGCGGCGUCGACCUCGCCGUCGUCCACGCCGACGAAGGAGGCUACGCACGGACACACAUCAUCAUGCCAGGCGUCAUCUACGGCAUAGCUACCGGCCCCGUCUUCGAAGCUGGUAUCGCCAAGGCGAUCUCGAAGGACGUCCCUGGGCUCAUAAAGGCCUCCCUCGAUAGGAAGCGUGCCGGUGUGGUCGGCCCAGGGAAGUCCGUCUGGGGCCAUGUCCACAUCGACGAUGUGGCUGACAUGUACCUGGUGCUUUUGGACGCGAUAAAAAGCAACCCGCAGAGCGUUGGCCAUGGCUGGGAGGGCUUCUACUUCGGAGUGACCGGCCACAACACCUGGUACGAGGCCAGCAAGGCAAUCGGCGAGGCGCUCGUGGGCCUUGGGUUCACAGACGACGCUGAGCCAACUACGCUGACCGACGAAGAACUUGAAAAGUAUUGGGGUUCCAUCACCGCAGGCGGCUACGCCGGUAUAACUUGUGUCUGUCGCGCGGAGCGCGCGCGCACCAUUGGGUGGAAGCCGAAGUAUACCAAGGGAGCCUUGUUGGCGAGUCUCAAGCCCGAGGCUGAGAUGCAGUGGAAGCUGGUGCAAGAGAAGGGAGGGUUCGACUUUUCGUAUGAGAAAAGCCACGCACCGAUGUUGGACCGUAUAUUCAAGCGGCGCUGAGAAAAUGGGUUCAUGCUAUGUCACAGUGACAACCUCAUGAUUGAGGCUCAUGAAUGAAUACGUUGUCUUAAGCAA